CGCGCAUCCUUAAUGGCGACUUGGUGCCAUAGUCGGUCGGUCAGAGCACUAUCUUCCGUAUUUUCCAAGAUACGUUUCUCGUCGUUCGAUCCGUCGGUUUUGUCGUCUCACAUCGCGUCCGACCAGCGAGUCGAGAUUAUUUUCAACCGACCUGUUCUACCAAAUCAUCAAGACGAAGCUCAAAAUGUCAUUGGGCAAUCAUGCUGCCCUUACACCCUUGGAGGACAUGUCGGCUGGUCGAGGGCAAGGAGGUGGGGGGCCUCCUCCAAAUUGUCAAAAAGUUUUUAUACAACGCGACUACAGCGAAGGCACCAUGGUUAAGUUUCAGACAGAGUUUCCCACGGAAUUGGAGAGUAGACUGGACAGACAGUCGUUCGAGUAUACGAUCACUCAGUUGAACAACUACUUUGCCGAAGCGGAACGGGCCAGUUGUUCCACGUACUGCGAAGGCUGCCUGGCUUGUCUCACCGGUUACCUAAUUUACAUAUGCACAGAGACUCAUUACGAGAAGUGUUUGCGAAAAGUGGCAAAGUUUGUUAGUGAACAAAAUGACAGAGUCUAUAAGCCGCGCGGGCUGUUAUUGACAGACCCGACGAUUCGUGGACUUAGGUUAAUAGAAAUUUCAGUAUUGGACAGACCUGCAUCGUGACUGCACAUUAGCCGAUCCAGGGAGUUCUUUAUGUGAUCCGCGCGCUUCUGCCACUUUGCCAGGAUUGCAGACCCACGUGAGCCGAUGAGUGUUUCUGGACAUAAUUACGUUCAACUCCGACCUCCUUUGAUUUAGUUGCGCGAUAUGAAUUUUGUUACGAGCCACGAAUAACGAAAAUUUAUAUUUUCAGCGAAUCGUUCUGUAAACAUACAUGCAAUAUCGUCACGAAUUCAAGGAACGAAGCUUGUCCUCUUCGAAGUUGCACAGGAUGAGAAUCGAUUCUCUUGUUCUAUGACAGACUUUAUAUUUCGCUGGUGUAUCGUUGAAAUUUAACGAUUUCACGUUGGUCGACUAGACUUAUGAUUUUGAGUCUGCGAUCUCAAAAAGAUUCAUAAAAGUUUCGUCCGAAAAGAUUAACAGGGUUCGCUUGCAUGUAUGUUUCGUUUGCUUGAAAAUUAUUGUAUCUCGUGUACAGAGUUCAUUCGAAACAUGGACACGUACCGCGGUAUUGUACAAGUUAAAUUUUAUGCGCGUACGGUAAUACACCGGUGCAAACAAAACAACUACAGCAAAGGAACGAGGUAUAUGUUUAUUCAGAACAAACUGUUUCUUACGAGGAACUGAUUCGCAGAUCCCAUGUGCGUCGUUUCUUCGCGCGUUGGGCGAGGUUCGAACAGUUCUUUUUUACUGUUCGUUUAAAGACUUUAUCGUCAUCUGCAUUUAACAGGCGACACGUGAAUCAGACUUGAGUUCCAUGCUGUUCGAAAUAGAAAACAAAACAAACGGACUCGGCGUCAAGUUUGAUUCUAACAUCUUCGUCAAGUACUGAAAACGUUUUUUCACGUUAUAAGUUUAAACGCUUCGUAAACACUAAGCAGACACUUGAAUUAUAUUUUCCUCUUCCGCGAUAUAUCUUCCACGAUGAUGCUUACGGUCAAUUUUCCGUUUUCGUUUCGAACACACGUACGAGCCAGGUGUUCACUUGUCGUGGAUGACACCUCUUCAAAGAAACAAACCAACCGAAGAAUUCGAUCGAAAUUGCUGGCACAAAGUAUUUGCGCUGAGAAAUCCAGGGAUUGGCUAAGAAAAAUUGUACAAACAAACAAAGAGAGAGAAAGAAAGAAGUGGAAUGAAAAAAAAAAAAAUAGGAGAGAAAACGAGGUGAUUAUAUUAGUAGAAUACAAUGUAUUAAACUGAUUGAAUCGUGUGAACAUUGUGAUCAAGGAUAAAUUACGAUUACACGUUCGCGCACCGACGUUCCGGUGCCCAGGUGUACGUAUGUUGUGUGCGUGAUGAUUUUUUUAUUUUAUAUUUUUGUACGAUACCGCAUGAGCGACUCAACCUUCGGAAAUCUCUCUACGCAUCCGGUGGUUACGCGGGGUGCACGUUUGUGUGUUUUUUUUUUUUUUUUUUUUUAAAUCGUUCACGAUUCGAUUCGUUUUAAGGAAACGAUUUGAUCUCAAGCGUGACAUCUGAUUCUAUAUAUUUUUCUUCGUGACUUUCGCGCGGCCGUCUGAUUUACAGCAACGACUAUACAUAUAUACAAUCGUUAAGUCUGCCUCGAGCGUUGGGUAUACUUACCUCUACCACGUACUGCGUCACAAAGAGGAGCACGAUUAAUUUUAUACCGCGGUGGGGUAUUCGGUCUCGUCCUUGGUCACAAUGAAUGCGGAGCCUGCUCGACGUAAUCAUGCGAUCGACCCGAUGGAUAAAAUCUUCGAGGCUUUCAGGACCUGGAUUACUUACGGUUGACACCGUGCGAGAGACUUUUGGGAUGUAAAGUGUGCCAGCUUGGAAGUGUGUUUCGACGUUUAUACCUGUGCAUGGAGUAUGGUACCGAACAGCGUCGUUUGGUUGCUUUAACGCGGCUGGAGGAAAAUUAAUCUAUCGUCUAUUAAGCCUACCUAGCUGUAUAAUAUUGUAAUAUCGCAUAGUCGCAUUUAAUAUCAGUGCACAUGCAUCGUAAAGUGUCAUCGAGUAUUAUAGAUGAGCAUUCAUCAGACGGUAUCAUGUAUUUUAGGCGUAGAAAUUAAUUCUGUGCCUCGGUAUUGAAUUAUUCGUAACUCUAGUUUAAACGGAUAUAUUUAUAUAGAUUCCAAGUUCUCGGCCUGAUCUCUGUCACAAUGUAUCUACACCUGAGUCUUAACCUGACGGUCAUUCCGAUGCAUCCGUACGAACAUUAGUAGCCAUCAGAUUUCGCUUAUCGUUAUUCUUCUACAGUUACUGUAAUUAUCAAGCACGCAUUUAUGGCUACGAAUCCUCCUAUAUACGUGUACACACGUUCCAAUGGCCAUCAGGUUUGGACUAGGUCGAGAAUGUAGAAGGUUGACAAUUUAUUAUAUAAUAACAAAAUAUUUCUACUUAAGUGAAAGUUAUAAAUGAUUAAAUAUUAAGGCAGAGAAUUAUUUCUAUAGGUAAUAAUAGCGUGCAUUAUCAUUAUCCAACGGCCACCGCGUGAGGUAUCGUUCAGCGUCGCUUAACAGCGUAAAGUAUCACGUGGUAUCAUACUAUGGUUUCAGUGGGUCGUCGAGAAAUUCGAUCGAAGUUAGGAGCGGGCAACACGUCCAAACACGUUUCCAAAAUGUCACGGCUGGACACCAGGAAGCCGCAAAUAUUUAACCACGGUAGGGGUCGACGAAUCUUGCCAAAUAGCCGCGCCACUGCCUCCGACAAUUUAUUUUCCGUUACCAGCGAACGAAACGAACGAAAGAAACGAAUCUCAACAGCCUUACGGACGAUCUUGAGUGAUUGUAAUCGGGAACGAAAGAAAGAAAAAAACAAAGAAAACAAACUCGAGAACGCCGUUCACGGUUCUGGUUUACUCGCGUCGCAAGGUUACGCGCGGCAGGCUCCGCGCGUACGCAACGCGACGUUGCGUACAAUGGUGUAAAUAGCGAAUUAAUCGUCAACAACACUGAGUAUCACGAGAGAAGUACCGUUUGUUAUACUUAAUUUAAUUGUAGGACCAAAACGUUUGAUGAUUCGUUACUGUAAAGAACACCAUCGUUCGAGUGUAAUUUCUAAAAGUUUUAAUAAUAAAAACUACGUAAAAGUCAUAAAGAGAGAGAGAGAGAGAGAGGGGGGGGGGGGGAGACAGAGAAGGUUACACGUAGAAACGUUGUAAUCGGCGCCUACGAUCCUGUAAACAGAAAAAUACGCACGCGUCGUAUACCUCGAAGGAAACAGUGGGGGAGAGGUGAAGAGAUUGGGAAGACACCAGCGAGUUUGAGCACAUUCAGAUUUUAUUUUGUCGUUCGCGAUAGUCUCCGACAGGCAUGCUCGCUCGUAGCUAUAUCAAAAGACUAGAAACCAGUCUAACUCGUGUCGCUGAAUUUCUCACGUUCGCUUAAAAACACCGCGGCUCUCUUCGUACAUCGAUAAUAUCGUAAGUCGAUUCUCUGCCGCAAUCGGUAUGCAAAUGUCACCGCCGUCGGUGAGGACCUCGUCGAGAUUUGUUAAUUCGCGUGACCACUCGUCAACGAUCGUUCGCCUCGAUUCGUUUCCUCCUGAGGAACAAUGGAAUACAGUACAGAGCACGUACAGUAACGCGCCGAUUUUAACGAAACUUGGUACACAGAUGAAACAAUGAAAUGCAUCGGACGCGUAUCUCCUUACGUCGGUUGAUUCGUGACGCAUAACGCGACGUUCGAGGGUAGUUCUCAUGAAUCGUACAUGAAUCAGCCGACAUAAAAAAAAUACGUGCCCAACGUUUUUUCGAUGCUCCAGCUGUGUACCAAGUUUCAUUAAAAUCGUCGCGCAACAGUUGGAUGAUG